AUGUCGGCCCUCACCGAAAUCCCCUCGGAGGACCACUUCGCGCCCUUCUUGUCGUCGCUCUCAUCUUCUACCCUGAUCGUCCUCUACUUCCACGCUCCAUGGGCUGCGCCAUGCGCGCAGAUGCGAACAGUCCUCGAAGCCAUCGCCGGACAGUACCCCGCUACCUCCCCGCCCUCAAUCUCGUUUGUCAGCAUCAACGCAGAGGAGCUGCCUGAUGUCUCGGAGGAUUUCGACGUCACUGCGGUGCCCUUCGUUGUUCUUAUGCGCAAUGGACAGAAACUUGAAGAGAUCAGCGGAAGUGAUGCUGUGAAGGUCCGCACCGCCAUCGAGCGCCAUGCCGGCGGUGCGGCGUCCGCCGACGGGGCCGGCAGAGCUAAUAUCCCCGUCGCUCUCGCGGCUACGCCCCGUGAGAACGGGCCUGACGUUGCAACACAGCCUCCUGUUAUCGCACAAGGUGCCCCCGGGCCCGCUGCCAAUGCCACUGCUGUUGCAUCUGCCCCUGCUCUUACUCCGGAGCAGUCUAAGGAGGCUCUGUGGGCGAGGCUGGACGAGCUUACCAAGGCUGCUUCUGUCAUGCUGUUCAUGAAGGGUACUCCUAGCUCGCCGCAGUGUGGCUUCAGCCGGCAACUUGUUGGCAUUCUCCGCGAACGCAGCGUUAAGUACGGUUUCUUCAAUAUUCUGGCCGAUGAGGACGUUCGGCAAGGCCUAAAAGAGUACGCUGAGUGGCCCACAUUCCCACAGCUGUGGGUCGAGGGAGAGCUGGUUGGUGGUCUGGAUAUUGUGCGUGAGGAGAUCGAAAAUGACCCUAGCUUCCUGGACAAGUUCUCGGUUAGCAAGCCUUAG